AUGGAGGAAGAAGACGACGAUUUCUACGGGCCGAACGAGGGCUCCGAAGCUCCAAACGGCGACCUCAAAGCUCCCGCAGAGACCAAUGGGCAGUCCGGCGCGAAGGACGUGAAGGCGGAGGAAGCCCUCGAGUCUGGCGAAGAGGGAGAAGAGGAGGAGACCAGCGAUUCAGACAUCGACAUUAUCACCGAGCGCAAGGAUGGGCCUGGCGCAGAACACACACCCCAACCACCGCGCCCUGUCGCCAUAAAAUCCGAACUCAGACACGCCCCCUCCGCCGAACCGACCCCCCGAUCCGCGCAGCCCUCCCAGCCCUCCCAAACCCAUCCCCUCCGAACCAGUUUCUCCUCCUCCACCGGCCGUCCCCCUGUGCCAACCCGCCUAAAAGACGGCUCCACCUACCCUGAAAUCCGCACCUCGACCAUCGACGUCAAUGCGGACCCCGUCUAUCCACCCGCCCGCAAACCCAUAACCGCGGUCGAAAUCGACGUGGACCUAGCCGAACACACCAAGCCCUGGCGGCUUCCCGGCGCGGACCAGAGCGACUUCUUCAACUACGGCUUCGACGAGUUCACAUGGGAGAUGUAUCGGCUGAAGCAGCAGAGCAUGGCGAAGGUGCAGGAAGAGCAGAAGGCGGAGACGAAGCACCUCGAGAUGUUCCUCACGGGUGGUGGCGGGAUGCCUGGCAUCCCGCCUGCGCCGCCGGGGCCGUCGAGUACCCAGCAAAUUGGCCCUGUGUCGGGUAUGGAGAGGGGUGGGCCUUCUGGCACACUACUAUUAGGAGCAGGAAGCUUGAGAGGCGAGCCGGGGAGUCUAGGGCAGGGAAACAUGGGAAUGGAAGAUCCGGUCAUGCAACUGGUAAUGCAGCACAUCAUGGCCAAUGGUAUGGACUUCAGCCAGAUUGGGCCCCAGGACUUCGAGCAGCUUUACCGGCAGAUCGCUGCGCAACAAGGCGCUGGAGGUGCUGGGCCGCCGCAGGGACCGGCUCAGGGGGCGCAGGCAGCCUAUGGAGGACAGCAGGGCUACGGAGGGCAGGCCCAGUGGGGGCAGCAGCAGCAACAGGGUGGAUACGGGAGAGGGGGGAGAGGUGGAAGGAGGUACUGA